UGUUAAGUGACACGUUCGUCACUUGUUCCGUGUGCUUUGUUGGCUAGAUAGUUGCCGGCACUUGUUCUUAGUAGCCGCGUGAAAAAGGUAGCGGUCGUCGCAGGUUAAACGUUCAAAUAAUAGAGUUAAUUGAAAUCCAAUCGCAGUCAUGAAGCUUGUUCCGAUUAUUUGUCUCGUAUUCGUUACUGUCGCUGCCGUUUUCGGCGACGAAACACCCAUCAAAGAAGAGGACGGAGUUUUGAUUAUCACUAAGAAAAACUUCCAAGAGGCGAUUACUGACAACCAAUACAUCCUCAUCGAAUUUCAUGCUCCAUGGUGCGGCAAUUGUAAGGCUCUGGCUCCAGAAUAUGUCAAGGCAGCUAAGCAGUUGGUAGAGUUGGGUUCGGAAGUAAAACUUGGUAAAGUGGAUGCAACCGAGGAGACCGACCUUUCUGAGGAGUAUGGCAUCAGACAUUACCCAACGCUCAAAUUCUUCCAUAAGGGAUCUGCCAUUGAGUACACCGGUGGACACCAAGCUGAUGAUAUAGUCAAUUGGCUUGUAAAGAAGACCGGGCCUCCUGCCAAGGACUUGACAUCUGUCGAUGAAGCCAAGACUUUCAUUGAAGCAAACAAUGUCGCCAUUGUCGGUUUCUUCAAGGAUCCGGAAUCAGAUGCUGCCAAAUUAUUUUUGAACGUUGCAUACAGCAUCGACGAUCAACCUUUUGGAAUUUCUAGCAGCGAGAAUGUGUUCGCUGAAUACGAGGCUGAAGAUGGCAAAAUCAUUCUAUUCAAGAAGUUCGACGAAGGCAAGGCCGUAUUUGAAAGCGAGUUAUCAGAAGAGGCACUGAAACGUUUUGUUGCAAGUCAAUCGCUACCCUUGAUCGUUGAAUUCAACCACAACACUGCACAAAAGAUCUUUGGUGGAGACAUCAAGAGCCAUUUGUUGUUGUUUUUGAGCAAGGAGGCUGGAGACUUCGACAAAUAUGUUGAGGGCAUCAAGGAGGCUGCAAAGAAAUUCAGGGAACAGGUCUUGUUUGUAAUAAUCAAUGCCGAUGAGGCAGAUCAUAAGAGAAUCUUGGAGUUCUUCGGAAUGAGUGAAAAAGAAGUGCCAGCUAUGCGCUUGGUUAAGCUCGAAGAAGAGAUGGCCAAGUACAAACCUGACAAUGCAGAACUUUCGCCCGAAAACGUUCUCGCAUUCGUAACGGCUUUCACAGAAGGCAAAUUGAAGAAACAUCUCCUUUCCCAGGACUUGCCUGAAGACUGGGACAAGGAGCCUGUCAAAGUACUCGUCACCACCAACUUUGACGAAAUUGUAUUCGACACCAAAAAAGAUGUUCUGGUAGAAUUUUAUGCUCCAUGGUGCGGACAUUGCAAACAGCUCAUACCCGUCUAUGAUGCACUUGGUGAGAAAUUCAAGGACAGCGAAACUGUCGUAAUUGCAAAGAUGGAUGCUACUGCUAACGAGUUGGAACACACCAAAAUUUCAAGCUUCCCUACGAUCAAACUGUACCAAAAAGGAGACAACAAGGUCAUCGAAUACAGCGGAGAGAGAACGCUCGAGGGAUUAUCUAAAUUCUUGGAAACUGGAGGUGAAUACGGUCAAAGCGCCGAAGAGGCUGAAGAGGAGGACGAAGAUGACGACGUACCAAGAAAGGAUGAAUUGUAACCUAGUAAGCUAAGCGAUAAUAUCAAUAAAUUCAACCCUAAUUAUAUUCUCCUGCCACAUGAAGCGAGGGCAUACCUCACAAGACGAUCCCGAAGAGACAGUUUUCAAUCAAAUAGUCAAGCAGAAGAAAACUGUAAACCUAUAACUUCUCUUGAUCUGAUUACAUAAGUCAGAAACACUGAGUUGACUGCAAAUUAAAAACUCAUUCUAAGGAAGUAGUCACUCUAAGAGUCGGUUAUUCGGAAUAAAAUUCAUUCGAUAAAAGGCGGAGGUCUGGCUAAUUUAAGUUCAAAAUCAAAAUUACGGAUUAUUUCUUGUCGUAAAUACUUCUUCUGUUAACAUUGGAGGACUGGAUAUGGCAAAAAGUGCUUAACUGAUAUAGCCGCCUCCUGGUCAAGUUCAUGUAGAAUAAUUAAUUAUAAAGAAAAUUCUACGAUGUAAGUGUGAACGAAAUUGGACGACAGCAUCAGAUUUUUUUACUGUUAAUCAUUUGCUGAAGUUGGCAACUUACAACUUGGAAAUUUUCAUAAGUUUUGUUCGUUUCAAGCGCGAUUGAAAGCAGUUUCCAUCAAUACGAUCAUCUCUUUACUUUUGCGCUCAGUUCGCCUGGUAAAUACCAAGCAAACGAUUCACACAAUUAGCCAGGUCUCUAGAGGCCUUAUUUUUUAUUUUUACAACAGGAGGGAUUUUCAGUGUUAAUUUUCCUAAUUGCAUUUUACUUGACCGGCAGCCGAUUAUUUCAAGCAAGAGAACAAAUGUUUCUUAUUUUUCGAUUUUAAUUACAAUCUCUUGGUGAAAUAGUCGGUUCGUUUGUGCAAGUUUCGUUAUUCCAUCCGUGGUUGUUGGCCGAAAUGGAAAAAUGCUUGUUAGUUAAGAAGUUUGUUUGAACAAACACACGAUUCCAAUUUAACUGUAAUUUUGCCGACUGAAACGUUUGUAGACGAUUAUGGAUGAGAUAAAAACAGAAAUUAUGUCUUUUA